CUUAUUAAAUGCUGGCGAGGACAGCAGGAUAGACGCUGUCGAAGUUGUUGUUUGCAAUCUCUAGCUUUAGCCAUUCUUAACCGACUUUCAUGUAUUAAAAUAAUGGCUUGUCCUGCACAUCAACCAGCUGAGAUGAACCCCGCCAUCCUGCCUCUGGACUGGCUUCUGGGAACUUGGCAGUCUGACGAACCGGGGGAGGGCUGCUUUCCCACCAUCAAACCAUUCCGCUACUUCGAGACGCUUCAGUUCAGCCACGUCGGGCAACCCGUCGUCAACUUCUCGUUCAAUGCCUUCCACGCUGACUCUAAGAAGCCUCUGCACCGAGAGUGUGGCUUCAUCCGGAUGCAGCCUGGAACCAAUAAAGUGGCUUUUAUUGUGGCGCAGAACUCAGGUCUGGUGGAGAUUGAGGAGGGCGAGCUUACAGGCCAGCAGUUGAACCUGCGCAGUCAUGCCAUCGCCAGAAUCUCCUUCGCCAAGGAACCUCACGUCAAGGAGAUUUCACGAGUGUUUCAGCUCCACGCGGAUGGGAAACUGGAGCAGAGGGUUUCCAUGGCAACAGACACCCAGCCACUGAUGGAACACUUGCGCAUCACUUACAUCCGCUCGUCUUGAAGCAGAAUGAUUCAGAGGAAGUCCUGCUCAGAUUUUUUUUUUUACGGUAUGUGGUUUGUGUUCCAUCUUUUGGGGAAACUGUCAGAGUAAAAGUAGCACUGUUGAAUGUCCAGUAUAUGGUACAUUUUAUGACUACUGGCAGGUGUUUUUAUAUUUCUCUGUACCAGCAAAUUCAGGUUUGUAAACCACUGUAAUAACUGGAAGAUGCCCGUUGAUGGUGCUGUUGUAUCGCUUUGGAUUUGAGUUCAGCACAGCUUUUGAGUUGAUGAAGAUGAGGGGGUGAAUCUGGGCUUGUCACAUCAAUGAUAAAGGAGAGGAAUGCAAACAUGUGAUAAGUUGGACAAUUUUCGGCACGUUUUACGCAAACUAAGUGAGUGUGUAUGCAUGGUGUUAACAGUAAGUGUCAUUGCCGGUAGUGGGUCUCAAGUUUGAGGAAAUAUGAUGCGGUUUGUGGAGUCAAAGGCGAACGCCGUUUGAAAAAAAGCCAUUGACAUUCAACUUGAGCCAUGCUGUGAGUCAACGUUUCACACAGUGAGUUACUUAGCUUUGUAUCUGUAAAUAAUUUUGCUAUCAAAAGCCAUUUGUCAGUCUUGAUUUUGUUGAUUUAGCAUCAGUGAAGACAUAAUCCUCAAGGUUUGCUUUUGUCUGAACAAAUAAAUAAGCAAUCGUUGCA